GAAUAUAAGGUGAUAACACUCGGCAUGGUAAAAAAAGACAAAAGUUACUGCUUACUUUUCACCGGCAAUUUAUAAUUUUUAUUACUUUGUUAUUUGUUAAUGUUUACUGAGGAUUGUGGUAAAUACUAAAUAGUAAAUAAUCGAGGUUCGUGGCGUUUGUGCUCUGUUGGUAAUUUGAUUAUUUGAGCUUUAUGGAAGCUUAACGCUCAACGGAAUUCGGUAAUUGAAAAUCUUACAUUAAUAUUUAUAGUUUCAACUUAUAUUAUGCAUUUCUGAGUUACCACUUGCCUAAUGGUGAUUGGUAACUUGUAUUGUGUAAUGACAACUAACUAGAAUGAAUAACGAUAUUUUGGUAAUUGGUUUGUUGGUUUUACAUGUCCAGGACUACGAGAUUAUUUAUUGUAUGAAAAAUACUGCAAUAUAUUAAUACCACUGUGUUAUUAUGCAAUCUGACAAUUCUGACAACGAUCCAACAGACUCACAGGAUUGUGAAGAAAUUGUUGAGGAAACCUUGAUUCAUGUUGUCGUGGAUAAUGCUGAUGAAAUGUCUAUUUUGAACCCAAAUAGCAACGUCCGAGUGAUAGCCAUUGACUCUGAUUCUCCAGCAUUACAAAUUGAAAACAAGAUAUUUCAUUUUAAUGAAUGGAAAUAUAUACCUGGAACUGCUAUGUUUUUUGAGCGAAAAAACGAAGUAAAAAAAAUUGAUCCUCUGUAUGAUAAUAGAUGUGGAACUGUUUUACAAUAUGUUGGUUCUACUCGUAAAUGUUUAGAAAUGACAAAAAAAGAUAAUGCACAAUAAUCUAAUUAUUUUUUUASAGUUUAGAGUACUAAAUUUGAUAUUUUUAAUUUGAACUCCUACAAGACUACAGCGUA